AUGGAAUCUCCAACGGACGUCGCUGGCAUCAGAAGACUGCUCGGAAUGGUGAAUCAUCCUGCCCGGUUCUUGCCACACAUCUCGGACGUCACAAAUCCCAUCAGAGCCUUACUGAACAAGUCUGCGAGUUGGGUGUGGCAGCACGAGCAAAAGGCACCAUUCGAGAGAAUCAAGGAACUCUUGACGUCAGAUAGGUGCAUGGCCAAGUACCACCCGUCGUACGCCACUACGGUGUCUGCAGACGCAAGCUCAUUCGGACUCGGCGCAGUUUUGCUGCUGAUGCAACCCUCAGGAGAGCGCCGCCCAGUCGCGUUCGCUUCGAGGUCAAUGACCGAUACCGAGCAGCGUUACAGCCAGACUGAAAAAGAAGCUUUGGCAACGACGUGGGCUAUCCAAAGGUUCGACGAGUUCGUCCGUGGCAUCCCCUUCGACGUCGAGGCUGACCACCUGCUACUCGUUUCACUUCUCGGCAAGAUGGAACUGGACGUGUUGCCGCCUCGUAUUCAGAGACUACGGCUGAAGACCAUGCGAUACCAGUUCCGUAUGCUCCACGUGCCAGGAAAGCUGCUAGCCACAGCCGAUACGUUGUCGCGCAUCACCUACAAGCCACCCACUUCUCUAGACACUAUCGAACUUUUCGCAGCACAGGUAGUCGGCUGCACGUUGGAAGUCUUGCCACUAAGCCCUAAAGACGUGCGACAGGCACAAGAGCCCGAUGGCGAGUGCAAAGCCCUCGCUUCCUACUGCCAGAAUGGUUGGCCUAAAAAGACCACGAUACCACUGCAUCUCUCAAAGUACGCCUCUGUGGCAGAUGAGCUCUCUGUCUGCGAUGGUGUUCUGCUGAAAGGCGCCCGGAUAGUCAUCCCAUCGUCCCUUCGGCCAGCGGUCUUGACGCUGUUGCAUGAAGGUCAUCAGGGCAUCAACAGGACCAAAGCCCUAGCUCGGGAGUCAGUUUCGUGGCCCAGCAUCUCGACAGACAUUGCCUCUCUCGUUGCCAACUGUGGACAGUGCGCUUCCACCCGCGUAAACAUUGCCGAGCCCCUGCUCUCCACGGCCCUACCUGGACAUCCCUGGGAAUUGCUUGAAAUGUACUUGUUCCACCUCAACGGCCAGACGUUCAUCCUGGUGGUGGACUAUUACUCAAGGUUUCCUGAGGUGGUGACCCUGAGGAGCACGACAGCUCAGGAAGUCAUUGACGCUCUCAAAUUCAUCUUUGCCCGCCAUGGAAUCCCGCAAGAAGUCAGAUCAGACAACGGCCCACCGUUCUCGUCGCAACAGUUCGCAGCGUUUGCAGCAUCAUACGGCUUUAACCACAGGACCAGCAGUCCACACUAUGCUCAAUCGAACGGAGAGGCGGAGAGGAUGGUGCGUACUAUCAAGGACCUGUUUCGGAAGUCAAAGGAUCCUUAUCUGGCUCUGCUCGGCUAUCGGGAUACUCCAGGAGUCAACGGCUUUAGUCCAGCCCAGCUGUUGAUGGGACGUCAACUCACAACCAGAGUCCCAAAGCAAGACUGCCAGCUAUGUCCCAACUGGCCCCCAAUGAAAGACAUCGUCGCCAAGGAUAUGGCUUACAAGCAGAAGCAGACCGACAACUACAACAGGCAUCAUGGAGCUCGAGACUUACCGCCACUCCAAACAGGUCAGCGUGUCUGGGUGCGACCUGAACAAGUGCAGGCUACGGUCCUCAGUCCGGGGCAAAGACCAAGAAGCUACGUGGUCGAAACGGAGCGAGGUGGCACCCUACAGCGCAACCGGCGUCACCUAGUGUCUGUUGGCCCUACAGCCUCCGGAGAGGAACCACCACCACUGCAGCAACUUCGCUGUCAGGAACCUCGGCCUGCCAACAUCGUGGAAUCAACGGUCCCCCUCGGACAGUCUGUGCAACAGUCCCCUGCAGUCAGGGACCGCAGUGACAGUGUGAAACGAACACGUUACGGCCGGCCUAUUGUUCCGCCGCGCCGUUUGAACUUGUGA